GUUCUACGGUAUAUCAUGUUCCUCGGGGACUAUACCAAUUUCACGCCUCUUGAGAUGAAGGCGAAUAACCAAACUUUCCACUGGUAUUCCCGGAUGGCAGGUGUUAUUGAAGAGUGUAAAGUUAUUUGCGACCAGAAGAAGAUUGAGUACAAAGAAUUAUUAAAGACUCGUAUUGCCAAGUUUAUCGAAGACUUGGAUAUUUAUGAAAUGCAAUGCAACGAAGUGCAGUACUGGGGUGAUAUUGCUGAACUGCCUAAAUACGUGUCUCGUGCUCGUCAUUUAGAUGAAAAGUUAGCGGGUGCUCUAGUAAAGAUAGAUCAGUUCAAUGAAGAGGAAGCCUCAUUCGGCUAUGAACUAUCGCAAUAUCCCAAAAGAAAAGCAAUUUACGACAAACUGGUACCGUUCAAGAAAUUAUUUGAUGCCGGCUUUGACUUUCUUGCGAAGCACAAUCUAUGGAUGACAUCAAAGGUUGGAAGUUUCGAUCCCGAGGAUAUUGAAGGCGAUGUUGGCUAUUACUACAAGAUCGUGUACAAGCUAGAAAAAUCGUUUCAGGAAGUGCCUGACACUUAUCGCCUGGCUGUGUCCGUGAGGGAAAAAAUGGAUGAAUUCAAGACGAACAUGCCGAUUAUCCAAACUUUGGGCAACCCUGGCAUGAAAGCUCGUCACUGGGAGAAGAUUUCAGAGAUCGUUGGUUUCCCGAUUAUUGUUGAUGACGAGUUAUCUCUCGCUAAAGUUAUCGAUUUCAAUCUCGUUGACUACAUCGAAAAGUUCGAGAGCAUAUCCGAGGCGGCCACCAAGGAAAACAACCUCGAGAAGGCGUUGGACAAGAUGAUGAAGGAAUGGGCCGAUCUCAGAUUCGAAAUUUUGCCUUACAAGGACACUGGAAGCUACAUCUUGUCAAGUGUCGAUGAAAUUCAACUUUUGUUGGACGACCAUAUCGUAAAGACACAGACUAUGAAGAAUUCGCCUUACAUAAAACCAUUCGAAGAUGUUAUUUACGAUUGGGAAGGCAAACUUAUCCUCUUGCAAGAGAUCUUAGAUGAGUGGCUGAAAGUACAGGCCACAUGGAUGUAUCUGGAGCCUAUCUUCUCGUCUCCAGAUAUCCAACAGCAAAUCCCAGAGGAGGGCCGAAGAUUCAGUGCUGUUGACAAGAUGUGGCGUGAGAUCAUGAAGGCCGCGUUCACCGAGCCACGGGUACUAGACGUGAUCAUGAUAGAAAAGAUGCUGGACCGUCUACGCAAGUCCAACAACCUGCUGGAGAUGGUACAGCGAGGCUUGAACGCGUACUUGGAGAAGAAGCGCCUCUACUUCCCUCGCUUCUUCUUCCUGUCCAACGACGAGCUGCUUGAGAUCUUAUCCGAAACCAAGGACCCAAUGCGCGUCCAACCUCAUCUCAAGAAGUGUUUCGAGGGUAUUGCGAAGCUGACUUUCACCGAAGACAUGGUGGUGACGCACAUGAGGUCCUCAGAAGGAGAAAUUGUACUCCUCACGAUGACAAUCAACACUGCAGCUGCCAGAGGACAGGUGGAGAAAUGGUUGCUAGAAUUGGAGAUAGCAAUGAAAGCGUCUGUUCAUUACGUGAUGGCGCUAUCAUACGACGAUUACUCGGAAAGACCACGAGAGGAUUGGGUGCUGGUCUGGCCCGGACAAGUGGUGCAAUGUAUUGCCAUGACCUUUUGGACUUCAGAAGUCACAGAAGCGAUUCAUAUCAAUAUUCCAGCAAUGAGAGCUUAUUGGGACAAGUGCAAUUUUCAAAUCUCCAAGAUCGUCAACUUGGUGCGAGGAGAGCUUAGCUUGCAGAACAGAAUCACAUUGGGUGCUUUGGUAGUACUUGAUGUCCACGCAAGAGACGUGCUUAUGUUGUUGAUAGAGUGCGGCGUGCAGCAGGAUAAUGACUUCAACUGGCUUUCUCAAAUUCGAUACUAUUGGGAGGAACAAGAGGAAGACCAAACCAUGCAAUGUGCGACCCGCAUGAUUAACUCUCAAUUGAUGUACGGGUACGAGUACCUGGGUAAUGCAGGACGCCUGGUGGUAACGCCGCUAACUGAUAGGUGCUUCAGGACCCUCUUUGGUGCCUUGCAUCUGAAUUUAGGUGGCGCCCCUGAGGGUCCCGCUGGCACUGGUAAGACUGAAACUACGAAAGAUUUGGCGAAGGCAGUGGCUAAGCAGUGCGUGGUGUUCAACUGCUCUGACGGGCUUGAUUACAUUGCCCUAGGAAAGUUCUUCAAGGGUCUAGCGUCUUGUGGUGCCUGGUCCUGCUUCGACGAGUUCAACAGAAUCGACUUGGAAGUGUUGUCCGUGGUGGCCCAACAGAUCUUGUCCAUCCAGCGCGGUAUCAACUCUGGUGCCACUGAGCUGCUCUUUGAAGGAACCUUACUACAGCUGGACAAGUCUUGUGCGGUCUUCAUCACAAUGAAUCCUGGUUAUGCAGGACGAUCUGAAUUACCCGACAAUCUAAAGGCGUUGUUCCGUUCCGUGGCCAUGAUGGUGCCAGACUACGUCCUUAUUUCUGAGAUCGAAUUGUACGCAUUUGGAUACCUGAACGCGAAACCGCUUGCAGUGAAGAUUGUGGCCACCUACAGGCUUUGUUCAGAACAACUGUCUUCGCAGAGUCACUACGAUUACGGUAUGCGAGCUGUAAAGUCGGUGUUGAGAGCAGCAGGUGCUCUUAAGUUACGCUACCCUGAUGAAGUUGAAGAUGUUAUUCUGUUGCGUUCUAUCAAAGACGUUAACUUGCCCAAGUUCCUUGAACAUGACGUGCCUUUGUUUAUGGGUAUCAUUGGCGACUUGUUCCCUGGCCUUCCAUUGCCAUUGGCUGGACUCCCACAUUUAGUGUCUUGUCUCAAAGAGGUUUGUGUGCCUCUGAACUUACAAGCCAACGAAUUCUUUAUUGAAAAGGUGCUGCAAUUGUACGAGAUGAUCCUCGUAAGACAUGGGCUUAUGUUAGUCGGAUUCCCGUUUUCUGGAAAGACAAAGUGCUAUCACGCACUUGGUGCUGCACUAGGAGCAGUGCACGAUAAGAAACUUAUGGACGAAAAUCAUGUGGAGUGGACGGUAAUAAACCCGAAAUCCAUCACUAUGGGUCAGUUGUACGGGCAGUUUGACCCCGUCUCCCACGAGUGGUCUGAUGGCAUCCUCGCCGUCAGCUACAGGGCAUUCGCUGUCUCUACUAAUGACAACAGGAAAUGGCUUGUAUUUGAUGGGCCAGUAGAUGCCAUCUGGAUCGAGAACCUUAAUACUGUACUGGAUGACAACAAGAAACUGUGUCUAAUGAGUGGUGAGAUCAUUCAGCUGGCUCCUACAACUAAUUUGGUCUUCGAACCCAUGGAUCUUGAAGCAGCGUCGCCAGCUACGGUAUCUCGAUGUGGUAUGAUUUACAUGGAGCCUAAAGGUCUUGGGUGGAAGUGUCUGUUAGAAUCGUGGCUAAACACUCUACCGCCAACACUCCACAGUGUCAAUCGCAACCUUAUUAGGACUCUGUUCAAUCGAUUCAUGUCACCUCUACUAUGGCUAGUGGAAUAUUCAGGAAAAACAAAGCAAAUGUACGUAACAUCACGCAGUAACUUGGUGGUAGCUUGCAUGCGGCUUUACGAUACAUUCAUGGAUGAUUUUUACGAUGAGAAAUACGUAGAGCAAAUUUCCGACUUGGAUAUCAGAGCCCAACUAGAGGGUGUAUUUUUCUUCUCUUGCAUUUGGUCAAUUGGAGCGACUCUAGAAGCAGACAGCAGGCCGAAAUUUGACAUGAUGUUCAGAGGACUGCUGGAGAAAGAAUUUCCAGAGAAGGUUAAAGUUCUAGGUUAUCCAAGAGAAAUAGGAAAACCAGAGAAACAGUAUAUCUUUUCUAUUCCUAAAGAAGGAAUGGUUUACGAUUAUCGAUUCAUCAAAGAGGGUAAAGGUAAAUGGAAACCAUGGUACGACGAUGUGGUAUCAGCUCCGCCCAUCAGUAGAGAUACCCCGCCCAAUCAGAUAUUGGUGACGACUCUAGACAGCGUAAGAUACCUUGCGCUUUUUAAGUUGCUGGUCACCCAUCACAAGGCUGUCAUGAUGGUUGGCCCUACUGGCACGGGAAAAUCCUCGUACAUUAUUGAUUACUUAGUCAAGAGAGUAGAUACCAAAGUGUACAAGGCUUUGAUCAUGGCGUUCUCAGCUCAAACAAACUGUAACCAAACCCAAGACAUCAUCAUGGGAAAACUUGACAAAAGACGAAAAGGUGUAUUCGGGCCACCGAUUGGAUGCUACAGCGUGGUUUUUGUUGAUGAUGUAAGCAUGCCACAAGCAGAGACGUAUGGUGCUCAGCCACCAAUAGAAGUGCUGAGGCAAGGAAUCGAUCUUGGACUGUGGUAUGAUAGGAAGAUUAACGUCGCUAUGCAUCUAAUUGAUGUGCAGUUUUUCUGCGCUAUGGGCAAACCUACUCCCGGAGCUAAACUUGUAACUCCAAGAUUUUCAAGACAUUUUUCAUUCUUCUGUAUUGAUGAGUUCGAUGAUGAAACAUUGAAAGUAAUAUUUGGAAGGAUCAUGUUAUGGCAUUUAGACACGAGAGGGUUUUCGAAAGAUUUUGACCCGUGCAUUGAAGAGAUAGUGGGCGGCACUUUAGAAGUAUACAAACAGUGCCGACUUAAUUUGUUACCAACACCCUCAAAGUCACAUUACACAUUCAACUUGAGAGACUUUUCUAGGGUGAUUUUGGGUGUUUUGCUAUCGGUACCAGAAGUAACCCCAGAUCUGCAGUCUAUCAAGCGGCUUUGGGUGCACGAAUGCUUGCGAGUGUUCUCCGACCGACUUGUAGAAGAAGCCGACAGGCAGUGGCUGGUGCAAUGUCUACGAGAGGCCACCGCACUUCACCUCAACGAUGACUUCGAUAAAAUGCUGUCUCGACUGCUAAACAGUCCUAAAGAAAAGAUCACAGAUCUACACCUACGUAAGCUGAUUUACUGUGACUUCGCUAAUCCGAAAGUGGAUACACGGUUUUAUAUGGAAACAACAAAUAUGGAACAUUUGAACUCUACUGUUGAUGCUUUCCUCGUAGAAUUCAAUAAUAUGUCAAAAAAACCGAUGAAUCUCGUACUGUUCACGUUCGCGAUCGAGCACGUUUCGCGUAUCUGUCGAGUGCUGACGCAGCCGCAAUCUCACGCCCUCCUUGUAGGCUUGGGAGGAUCGGGGCGGCAGUCCUUGACUCGCCUCGCUGCCCACAUUAACGAGUAUGACCUAUUCCAGGUUGAAAUGAGCCGAACAUACGGUAAGACUGAAUGGCGUGAAGAUUUGAAAACUCUAUUGAGAAAAUCUAGCACUCCAGAUUUGCACAUGGUCUUCCUCUUCAUAGAAUCACAGAUCAAAGAGGAAGGCUUUUUAGAGGAUGUCAAUAACAUGCUGAAUUCAGGAGAAGUGCCCAAUAUUUUCGGCGCGGACGAAAAGGCGGAGCUUUGCGAAAAAAUGCGCGUGAUCGAUCGUCAACGCGACAAAUCCCUUCAAACUGAUGGCAGCCCGACAGCUCUGUACGCGUACUUCGUGUCCAUAGUGCGCGAUCAGUUGCACAUUGUGCUCGCCAUGUCGCCCGCCGGCACUUCUCUGCGCACGCGCAUCCGCAAAUUCCCGGCUCUAGUCAACUGCUGCACUAUUGAUUGGUUCCAGGAAUGGCCACCCGAUGCCUUGCUCGCUGUCGCUACUCGGUUCCUGAAAGAUGUAGAGCUCACUGACCUGGAGCGCGAGACCGCGAUCAAGCUGUGCCAGAUGUUCCACACGGAUUGCCAGGAGCUCUCGCGGCAGUUUCUGAUGAGGCUCAAGAGAUACAACUACGUGACACCCACUGCUUACUUAGAGCUGAUUAACAUGUUUAAGUCACUGCUGGGAAAGAAACGCACCGAGCUAUUAUCGAGCGAGAAGCGAUACAUCACUGGGCUGGACCAACUGGCCAUUGCAGCUAAAUCUGUUGCUGCCCUCCAGAAAGCUCUCGAAGUAUUACAGCCCAAACUAGCAGCAGGUGCAGCGGCCGUCGCCGAGACCACCGCUAAAGUCGAGAAAGAGAAAGAAGGCGUUGCACUUGUAGAAGCUGAAGUGUUGGCUGACCAGGCUGCUGCGGAGGAACAGGCAGCUGAAGCCCAAGGGAUAAAAGACGAGUGUGACGCCGAUUUAGCUGAAGCUAUGCCAAUCCUAAACUCGGCGUUGGCUGCACUUGACACCCUCACUCCACAGGAUAUCACUUUCAUCAAGACCAUGAAGAGUCCUCCGCGAGGUAUCAAGUUGGUCAUGGAGGCUAUAUGUAUAUUAAAGGAAGUGAAACCAGAUAAAAUACCUAAUCCAUCUGGAGUGGGUACGGUGGAGGACUACUGGGGUCCUUCAAAGAAACUGCUCAACGACAUCAAGUUCCUGGAGUCCCUACAGAAUUAUGACAAGGAUAAUAUUCCACCGCCCGUGAUGAAGAAGUUGAUGGCCACUGUAAUGCAAGACGAUGGCUUUGUGCCGGAGAAGAUCAGGGCUGUGUCAUUUGCAGCUGAAGGCAUGUGUAAAUGGGUUAUCGCGAUGACCAAGUACGACAAGGUGGCUAAAGUAGUGGCGCCAAAAAAGCAAAGAUUGGCAGCCGCUCAGGCUGUGUAUGACAAGGCCAUGGCUGCCCUAGCAGUCAAACAGGCUCAGCUCAGAGAGGUCCAACUGAAAUUGGGUAAAUUAGAGGACGCAUUGGCUGAACAAAGUAGGCAGCAGAAAAUGCUUGAUGACGAGGUAAUGGACUGCAGCAACAAGUUAAAACGAGCUGAAAUGCUUAUUUCUGGUCUCGGAGGCGAGAAGACAAGGUGGACGCAAAUUGCAAAAACACUGAGAGAAACUUACAACUCUCUAACCGGUGACAUAUUGAUCGCAGCUGGAAUCAUUGCCUACCUAGGACCAUUUACAGCAUUUUUCAGAAUUAGUCAAGUGAUCAAAUGGGCACAAGCUUGUCACGACUGUGGAAUUGUCUGCACACUAAAUUACAGUUUAAUCAAGUCGCUAGGUGAACCUGUCACCAUACAGCAGUGGAAUAUUGAUGGGUUGCCGGCUGAUGACUUCAGUGUUGAGAGUGCUAUCAUACUCAUGACUGCGCGUCGAUGGCCAUUGAUGAUUGAUCCUCAAGGACAGGCUAAUCGAUGGAUCAAAAACAUGGAGAAACCUAACAACUUGUGUAUAGUUCGUAUGACGCAAGCCGAUCUGGGAAGAGUUUUGGAAAACGCUGUCCAGUUUGGGCAGCCGGUAUUGCUAGAGAAUGUGCUUGAAGAGUUAGAUCCGAUGUUGGAACCUCUACUACAGCAGCAGACUUUCCGACAAGGAGGCGCUCUAUGUAUCAAAAUUGGUGACACGAUUGUAGAAUACAGCAAAGACUUCAAGUUAUACAUAAGUACCAAGUUGGCCAACCCCCAUUAUCUACCAGAGGUAGGCGUUCGGGUGACUUUGGUCAACUUCAUGUUAGCCAAAGAUGGCUUGCAAGCUCAGCUGUUAGCUCGUGUGGUGGCACGUGAAAGGCCCGACCUUCAGCAAGCUAAGGCUGACCUGACCACGCAAGGAGCCGAGCAUCGGCGGUUACUGCAAGAGAUUGAGAAGAAGAUUUUGAAUGUACUGUCUACUUCUGAACACUUGUUGGAAGACGAAGAGGCCGUGCAGAUAUUGAACUCUGCCAAGGACACUUCGAAUGAAAUCAAGGAAAAACAGGUGGUAGCAAUGGUAACGGAGAAAGCCAUUGAUGAGGCCAGGGACGACUAUGUGCCGAUUGCCGUUCAUUCUACUAAUUUAUUCUUCCUUAUAGCGUCGUUGGCUAACAUUGACCCCAUGUACCAGUACUCACUUGGCUGGUUUGAAGGUCUUUUCACAGCUGCUAUUGAUAACACAGAGAAGGUGGACGAAAUCCCAGAGCGUCUCGCUAUUUUGCGAGCAUAUUUUACCUACUCGCUUUAUGCUAAUAUUUGCAGGAGUCUUUUCGAAAAGGAUAAGCUAGUAUUCUCCUUGUUAUUAACAAUUACGAUAGCAGUAGCAGAAGGUCGCUUGGAACAGAGUGACGUGCUUUUCCUACUGGGUGGCGCUCAACCGCGCCACGUCGUGCCUAACCCAGUGGCAUUCCUUAGCCCACAGAACUGGGCAGAAUUUAACGGGCUCAACGAAAUUGAAAAGUUCACUGGAAUUCUGGAUCAUUUUAUAACCAAAACCCCGGUCUGGGAGGAGUACUGUAAUACGCCGGACCCACACAACCAACCUCUGCCUGCUCCGUAUAAUACGAAGCUAAACGCUUUUGAGAAAUUGAUGGUUCUUCGUUGUUUGCGUCUUGACAUGAUGGUUCCAGCUGUGCAAAAUUUCUGUGAAGCUCAAAUGGGUCGACAAUUCGUGGAGCCACCGUUAUUCGACCUCGCGUCAUCUUACUCCGACUCACAUUGUUGCAUACCUCUACUAUUUGUGCUGACUCCGGGUUCAGAUCCUAUGGGCACUUUACUUAAGUUUGCUGAUGAUCAGGGCUUUGGUUCCUCUAGACUAUUUUCCCUAUCACUUGGACAAGGACAGGGGCCAAUCGCGGUCAAGCUGAUUGAAGACGGAGUACGAAGUGGCACAUGGGUUGUGCUUCAGAAUUGUCACUUGGCUAAGAGCUGGAUGCCCAUGCUUGAAAAGAUUUGUGAAGGUUUGACUCCAGAUAACACACAUCCAGACUUUAGAUUGUGGCUGACGUCAUACCCUGCUGAACAUUUUCCGGUAUACGUGCUUCAAAACGGUGUAAAAAUGACAAAUGAGCCACCGCAAGGUCUUCGCGCAAAUAUUGCUCGUUCCUACCAAAGCGAUCCCAUAAACGACCCCGAGUGGUUUGAAGGGAACAAGCAACCGGAGGUGUUCAAAAAGCUUCUCUUUGCUCUGUGCUUUUUCCAUGCCGUGGUGCAAGAAAGGAGGCAAUUUGGUCCUCUCGGGUGGAACAUUCGCUACGAAUUCAAUGAGACAGAUCUCAAGAUCAGUGUCACGCAGCUGUACAUGUUCCUCAAUGAGUAUGACGAUGUUCAAUUCGUGGCACUUCGUUAUUUGACUGGCGAGUGCAACUAUGGUGGACGUGUGACAGAUGAUUGGGACAGAAGGUGUCUCAACACAAUUUUAUUUAAGUUUUAUAAUCCGCGAGCUAUUGACGAGGACAAGUAUCCACUCGAGCCUACAGGCAUAUACUACAUCCCUUCACUGAGAGAGCACGCGGACUUUAUUUCGUUCGCGCGGUCACUGCCUGUGGCCACGCCGCCGGGAGUCUUCGGGUUCCAUCCCAACGCGGACAUCACCAAGCACUUCCGCGAGGCUAACGAACUCCUCAACACGUCUAUACUCACGCAGGAUACUAUGGCGGCGGGAGGAGGCGGGGCUACACCAGAACAGCAGGCGAUGGCGAUAGCCGAAGACGUGCUAGCGCGGCUUCCAGCUAAGAUCCUCUCUGGACCGUCUCACGAGGGUGACAUCAAGCCGGCCGACAUGACGCCUAUGUCCAUCGUGGUCAUCCAGGAGGCGGCGCGAUAUGACAAGCUUGUUAACGUGGUCCGUAGCAGCUCCAGAGCUGUUAUUGGUGCUGUGCAAGGUGUGAGCGUGCUCACGGACGUGACGGAAGAAGUUCUAACUAGUAUGGUGCGAGGGCGCAUCCCAGCUCUGUGGGCUGGCAAAAGUUAUCCGUCGCUGAAGCCACUCGCUGCCUACGUCAAUGAUUUACUGGCCAGGCUUGCAUUCUUACAGCAUUGGCAUCAGCAUGGCCCACCGGUGGUGUUCUGGCUCUCGGGUUUCUACUUCCCGCAGGCUUUCCUCACGGCGGCGCAGCAGAGCUACGCUAGAAAAUACAAGAUACCAAUCGAUCAGCUUGCUUUCCAUUAUGAGGUGCAACGUUCGUUCGUACUUGAAGAGUGUCCGGACGAGGGCGUGUACAUCCGCGGGUUAUUCCUGGAGGGCGCGCGCUGGAACAUGGAGGACUACUACAUCGACGAGUCGCUGUCCAAAGUGCUCUACGACGAGUUCCCGCCGGUAUGGCUCAUCCCCAUGAAGCGCGAAGACAUCCCCCAAGACAUAUUCUACAAUUGCCCGCUAUACAAGACCGGCGAGCGGCGUGGGGUGUUGUCCACCACCGGCCACUCGACCAACUAUAUCUUGUUCAUGCGUCUGCCCACUAAAAUGGACCCAGACCAUUGGAUCAUGCGGGGCGUGGCUUUGCUUUCGCAGCUUCCAUUCUAAGCAACCCAUAAACUUUGCAACAAGAAGAGAAGUUUACACAAAAAAACAACUUUGACGAUCUAUAAAAUGUGAAAAGACAAAGGAUCUUUAAUGUCCUUGUAAUGCAUCUCACGGGUUAAAGGGUCAUAGUUUUGACCCAAACGUAUCGCGUAUUCAGGGUGCACUCGGGACCCGUGUCACGUCGCCACGUGAGCGAGCGCCUUUAUUUCGCUUUUCGCUACUCUUUGAUCCGCCUCCCCAAAUUCAUAUCCUAUAAUUUUACUCUUUAUCUUCGCUUAUUUAUAUCGCCUUUAAAAUAACCGGAAAAGACUUUGUAAAUAUAUUUUUAUCAUAACUUGCCUGUAUAUUAGUCUAGUCACAUUGUGAUAAUUUUUAUUAUUAUGUUAGUAUCUUAUUG